UUAGUUUUUUAUAUUUUCGCCAUUUUCGCAUUAAUGGCAGGGAUUGCAAUUACAAUUAUUGCUAUAGUAAUUUUGUCAGCUAAAUUGUGCGAUAAUUCAAAUUCAAAUUCAAAUUCAAAUUCAACGUGUAAUUGCGAUUGCCUUGAAGGUAGUAGUUGUGGAUCAGGAGAUUGUAAUAAAUGUUGCAAUAGUUGUACUAAUUGCAUAUGUUGUUGUUGUAAUACUGCCUCUAAUACUAAUUGUAUUUGCUGUUUUGAUUGUUAUUUUUAUUCUAAUAGAAGAUAUGAUUAUGAUCAUAGAUAUUAUCGAUCUAGUAUAACAAGAAACUCAUAUAAAUAAAAAAAUAAUGAUGAUUGUGAUUGUAAUUGUUGCUCCUGCAUUGAGUAUCAUACUUUGGGUGAAGAUAAAAACGAUACUAUUUAUGUAUAAAAAGUAGAAGUUUAUUGCACACAGUGUAAUUCGAAAUUAAGAGAAAAUUAUGAAAAUAUAGAUAAAUUUUACUAAGCUCUUACUUUUGGGAUAAUUGGUAUGAUUUUAUGUGCUUUUGGAAUUGGUUUAUUUUACUAUUAUAAAGGUUAUCGUUGAUAAAUUAAUUAAAAUAUUUUUUUUUUU